AUGCCUCCUCACGGUGGACCUGGACAAUAUGGUGGGCCACCACCACCUGGGAGUGAUCAUUUUGGACCACCACCUGGGAAUAACUACGGACCACCACCUGGGCCUUACUAUGGACCACCGCCACCUGGGCCUAACUAUGGACCACCACCACCUGGAAGUAAUCACUAUGGACCACCACCUCCGCCACCAGAUGAUGACGGAAAUUGUUGCUGUCUUUGCGGCUUAUUACUUGCAUGUCUAGGUUGUUGUAGUUUGUGUAGGAAUUAG